UCCAAGGAAUCUCUUCCGGUUAGCUCCGGAGUGGUGCCCUGGAUGUAGCCCGGGCGAUAGCGUUCUUUUCCCCCGCCCCCUCCUCCCCUCCCCUCCUUUCCCCUCCCCGGAGCCCCAGGGUCAUGGGAGCUUCCAGGAGACUCGGAUGCAAGCUCUUACCCGAUUCCCUCCCUUUCCUUGUUGACCACAGAGGCUGAAACACCCCAGUCUGAGGACGUAGUAUACCUUACCUUUAAGAAGUGGGAAACUCCUGGGAAGGACUUGAUCCUGGCCUGCAAGUCCCACCAUGCCCAAGCGAAGAGUGACCUUCCAGGAUGUGGGAGUCGAAGAGGAUGGAGAGGAUCUCCCCAAAAAGAAGUUGGUGGAUCCUGUGACAGGAGCAGGGGGCCCUGGGAGCCGGUUCAAAGGCAAACACUCUUUGGACAGUGAUGAAGAAGAUGAUGAUGAGGAUGGUUCUAGCAAGUAUGUCAUCCUAGCCUCAGAAGAUGUGGAAGGUCAGGAGGCAGCCACACUCCCAAGUGAGGGUGGUGUUCGUAUCACACCCUUCAACCUGCAGGAGGAAAUGGAAGAGGGUCACUUUGAUUCUGAUGGCAACUACUUUCUGCACCGUGAUGCUCAGAUUCGGGACAGCUGGCUGGACAACAUUGACUGGGUGAAGAUUCGGGAGCGCCCUCCAGGCAAGCCCCCUGCCUCAGAUUCAGAGGAAGACAGUCCUGGCCAGACACCAUUGGGCCCUCAAGCCCUCCUAGAGGGUCUCUUGGAGAUGUUGUUGCCAGGGGAAACAGUUGCUGGGGCACUUAGGCGGCUAGGUGCUCGGAAGGGUGGUGAAGGACCCCAGCGACCAAAUUCCCCACAGCGAUUAGACCGGCUCUCAGGAUUGGCUGACCAGAUGGUUGCCCGAGGCAACCAUGGAGUAUACCAGGAGACCAGGGAACGGCUAGCUGUAAGGCUGAAAGCACUAGGGGGCCGCACACCAGGGCUCUCGGACACAGCACCUCGUCCUGUCCUGGACAUGUUUGCUGAAGAGGUUGGGGAGGGGGAGCUGGAGACCCCAACCCCAGCCCAAGGAGGAGAAGCAGCUGCCAUGGGGGAUGGCUUGGCUGAUGUGAUGUGGGAAUAUAAAUGGGAAAACACAAGUGAUGCAGAGCUCUAUGGGCCCUUCACCAGUGCCCAGAUGCAGGCUUGGGCAGAUGAUGGCUAUUUCCCAGAUGGUGUUUAUUGCCGGAAGUUGGAUCCCCCGGAAGGCCAGUUCUACAACUCCAAACGGCUUGACUCCCAGACACCCUUGCUUUCUGGGUCUUAGGGAGACUUCACCUGUUGUCAUGGAGAUAAUAUCCCCUUUGACUUUGUUGCUCCUCAUCCUCACUGAAUGUUCCUGGGCUUCAGCAAACUCACAUGUAGAGCCUACUGACUUCCAGCCCCUGGAUACGAUGUCUGUGACAAUCUCUUCCUCAGCUAUGAACUCCUCAAACUCUCCCUUGGCUCUGGAAGCCACACUCUUGCCAACCUCAAAUUCAGAUCUGAUCUCCACGCCCUCUCCAACCCUGGAUGGCAGUCCUUUGACAUCCUUGGCCCCAGACCACAUAUCCUCCUUGCCCCUGAAUGCCAAGGACUUGGAGGCCUCUAUCCAGAGAGAGAAAGCUCUCGAACUAAAUGAUUCAAAGGCCCAGACUCUGGAAGUCAACUCAGAUCUGCCUGUAUCCAUGACAGUAGAGGCCAGGGAUAACAUUCUUACCACUGAGGUGGCAUCUUCCACCACUUGGACUUUCAUAGCCUCUGGACUGACCUCAAUGGAUAAAGAGGCCCCUAGUAGUACCCAGAAACUGGCCACACAUACAUCCACUCCAACUAAGUCUUCUGCUAGUCUCAUUGGUACAGCUACCAUGGUAGCAUCUCCCUCCUCCAUAUCCCCUCCUUUGGUUACCAGUACAGAGCAAGGGGAGAAGACCACCCCCGUCUUUAAAGAAACAACCUCCUCUAAGGUUAUUUCAGCUAAUACAACCAUCUCUAGCAUGACAAGUUUCCAGGUGUCCCAGGUUAGUGAGACUACAUCUUUCAUCUCAUUAACCCAUGCGUCUCCUGAAAAUGAACAGAGGCAGGAUGGAGGUACCUCCCCAGUGGUAAUUCUGGUUGUGGUUCUCCUGGUGAUGACUUUCUUGGUCAUCUUAUUCUUGCUGUGGCGCCGGCGACAGAAGAAGAGGACAGGAGCUCUGAUGCUUGUGGGGAGUGGGAAAAAUAAAGGAGCUAGAGAUGCUUGGGCUGGGCCAGUUCAGGUUGCAGAGGACCAGGCUCCAUCUGGGUCAGCAGCAAUGGAAGGGGACACAGGGAACCCUGAAGGUGAAGGGACUGGCCGUAGGCCCACACUCACCACCUUCUUUGGCAAACGAAGGUCUCGACAGGGUUCUGUGAUGCUGGAGGACCUGGAGGCUGGGGCAGCCACCAAGAACUUCAAAGAGGAGGCUGUAUCCCUUAUGGAAAAUAUGGAUGGAACUAUAGAGAACCCAGAAGCUGAUGGAUCAGUUGCUGAUGGCUCAAAAGCAGGAGAUGGGAACUUGCCCUCAGUCCCAGUGACCAACGUGUGAAGGGACCAAGAUCAUCAAUUGCCAUGGGCAGGGUCCAGCCUCACUCGAGACUCUAGGGUUUCCUUACAGGUGGUGAAGGAUCAGUCAAAAUAACAAAGGGAAGACUGCUUUGCAUCUGAUAGCUGCUCUGCCAUACUGUAAUAAAUAAUGAUAAAGUGUGUUGAA